GGGAGCUCUCUGGGUUAUGCAGUAUUUAGCUUAUAGUACAAAGCUCAUGCAGUAAUCCUGCGCGACUUUUCAGACGAGUGCCGUGGCAAAAACUCCGGUAAAUAAUCCAAGAAUCUAGCUUUAUCUAUCUACCUGAAGUAAGUCAUGUAGAUCUAUAUUCAAGGGACAAGCCAAUGCAAAGUCCACCCCACCCAAGGGUUCAUUACAUGCCGCCGCGCACAGAAAAUUCAAGCCAUAGAAGUCGUGUGUUGUGGACCCAAGAAGUGAGAUCCCAGCACGCGCGACCCACUAGUUAGAAAUCCACUGCCAAACGCGGUUCGUGGUGCGAGAAUUAGCAAGUGGAAGGAGACCAUUUGAAGACCAUCAUCAGUGACCAUGUCAGAAGCACAAGCAUCUGCUCCUCCAGGUUCUCCAGAGAAGACAUCACCGAGCAAACAGCAUGCCAAACUGCCCUUCUUGGUUCCAAGUCCUGUUCCAUGCAGACGAACCAGAACAACCUCCAUGUCUAGGAUAGCCUCUGAGGGUCCCAUCAAGACCGGUGUAAUCACUGAGUUUGAAAGGAGCAAAGGUCAUGGCUUCAUCAAACCAGAUGAUCGUGACUCAACAAUAUUUGUUCACAUCUCAGACAUUGAAGGUGAAUAUGUCAUAUGUGCUGGUGACCGGGUGGAGUUCAGGGAAUGCCCCCUUCCUCCCAAGAUGACAGAGAAACAAGCUGUUGAAGUAAUGCUCACCCAGCUCAAUCCAAGCUCAAAACAUGAGCGCUGGAAUAGCGCAGAAUGACCAUAGACACCUGCUAACUUAGUCAUAGUGCAAUGACUUUAGUGCAUAAGGACAAUCAUAAGGUACUUAGGAAAAUAGUUGGAAUGACUUUUGGUUGGAUAUUUUAGCUCUGUAAGGUUGCAUAAAAAUUUCAGUAAUAGGGGUAUGACAACAGAAAAGAUGCUGAAGGUGAUUCCUACUCCGCCUCUUUUGCUUUCUAACCAUCCAAUUUCAGUAAGGGGAAUAAGAAGAGAAAAAAUACUGAGUAGGAAUCUUCAACAUCUUUUUUUUUUCCAACCACACCUUUUGCUUUCUAACCAUCCCAUUUCAGUAAGAGGGGAUAAAAACACCAAAAAAAAUGCCCGGCGACGAGUUGGGACAUUCGGUAUCACGCUCGGUGUUGGUCUUUCUGUCUGUCCGUCCACUAACUUUUCCUUGUAAACGCAAUAACUUCAGUUUAACUUAAUCUAGGCUUAUAUAACUUGGAGUGUAUGAUACCAGCAUGAAUCCCAGGAAGCCUAUUGGCUAUGAGGUCAAAAGGUCAAUGUUUCCAUCUUACCCUUCUGAAGUCCUUGUUAAUUUAAUUGAAUCGAAUUGAAUUGAAUCGAAUAACUUUAUUGUCCAUAAAGGAAAUUCUUCUUUCACUGGUUUACACACAAGUAGAUACAACAUAUAUACACAGAACAAAACAAAAGAUGUUGAAAACAUGUCAACAUGAGGAAAUAACUCCAACUCAGGUAUACAUGGUACACUCAAAAAUUUACAAUACACAAGUUUUUGAAAUACAAGUCAAGGUUAAUUGGUUUAGGAAUAAAUUCAUAUUCUAGAAUAAUCAUGUUUAGUUAUACAAGUACUGUAGUUAUCGGCAAGAAGUAAUGGAUCAAGCGUUAACUUUAGUUUCACUUAACCUAGGUUCAUAUAAUUGAGUGUGUAUGAUACUAGCAUAGAUCCCAGGAAUUCCAUUGAUUUUGAGGUCAAAGGUGAAGUCGCCACCUCCAGUUUCCGCGUGACAGGCAGGCGCAUUAUGUGCUCAUUAGCGACACUCUUGUUCUUGCUAGGUAUCCCAUUUCCUAAAAGAAGACAACUGAAGAGGGUUCAUGAUGAAAGUUUCAGCCAGAAGUGUUUCUCCUAGCUUUAGAGUGGUCCCUAAAACUACAUCUAUAAUCAGAUAGACUUGAACUUUUACAAUUAACUGUGAGAAGACACCUUUUGAAGGUUAUAUUACCCAAGUGUCAUAUCUAUUUUAUAGUAAUUGUUAUUAUUAUCCAUACGGGUACAUUAUAUGUCUGGACAGGUUGUAUGUCCUCUCAAAAGAGCUAUAUGAUUAGAGAACUUUAUUUACAAAUAUUACCAUCUCAAUACUCAAAACAAAGUUUGAUGUUUCAAGUACAAUUGCACAAAAUUAACUAGAAUCUACUGAAAUUUUGCACCUGAGAUAUAUUUUGUGACAUCUAUAUAUAGCAGUAAAAUGAAAAAUACCAUGGUUGGUUCACUGAUAUAAUUCUGAUCUACCAUACUCGUUCCUUAUCAUCUUCAUUAUCGACCUGUCUAUAUUGAACCCCAUCUUCAUAUUCCAGCUAUGGGAAGCAUUUAUGUGAUGGUAGAAACAUUGUAUAAAAUACCCCAUUAGAGCUGUAGAUAAUGUUGUUUUACAUGUAAGUAGAAUACAUCACUCAUAUAGCCCCCCUCCUUCUUCUGGCAAAACAAAAGGGGAAAAAUAGGUGUUUUUUCUCUCUUUCUUCCUCUUGGUAUUUAUUCUUUCUGAAUGCAAAAAGCAAUGGGCAUAGUGCCAUACAAGUCGAUGUAGAUCCAGUGUAGUCAUGUUUUGUACUAUUUACAUGAAAGUUUAAAAAAAAGCCAUGUAUGUAUGCCCCAUGAAAGUCCCCAGUAUAUUUUUUGCAUGUGGGAACUGGAUAGGAUGAUAUGUGCAAAAUGUCUAAAGAAGCAAUGUUAUAGGUAAUGAUGAUAUAUAUUAUUACUCUUUAUUGUGCAGCAAAUGUUCAAAUGUAUUAUAUAUACUAUGUAGUAUUUGAACUGUCAAAGUCUAGUUCAGAAAUGACACAUGUCCCAAACGCAACAUUUUUGUGUAGGCACCUAUGGUAUUAAUUAGUAGUGGCAGAAAAGUGUUGGACAGAUAGGAAGCAUUAUUUUGUCACCAGGGCUCUCUAAAACAAAGGUUAGCAAUCAUUCCCAAAGUGGCCCUGUCCAAUCAAGAUGACGGUUGCAUGGGCUUUAGUUCAAAUCUCUGACAAGGAACCAAUCAAAAUUAUUCUUCAUAUUUGCAAUCUUUUGCAGACUUUUGUAAUAUGGGGCCCUGAUUGGGAAACGCUAUUGAAAAAUCCAACUCUGUUAGUGCAAAAUAUGAUGAUAUGACUGAGUAAAUUGGUACAGGUUUUAACAAGUGUUCUCAAAUUAUUAUAGAGAUGUACAUUGUAUUCAAACAUUGGAAACAUCACUCAUUUGUCACCCCAUAUCUCAAUGAGACAUUAGAAUUGAUUUUAUUCCUAAUCACAAGGUAUUUUUGAUAUUUUUUACAUGUAUCAUGUUCUUGUAUAAAAAUCUGUUUAUAUUUAGCACACUAUGGAGUAUUUUAGCCUUUUAGGCAGAAGAUUCACAAUUUACCUGAAGCACAAUAUAUUUUGUAUAAUACUGAUUAUUGUACUAAUUUUAGAAGUAAGCUACAUAUAUACCAUAUAGUUGUAAUUUGUUUAGUGUCUUAUUUUUACUGUAAUUACAAUUUAUUUUGUAAGAUAUUCUGAUGAUUGAAAGAAUUUUGUUUAUUAGUAAAAUAGAGUAAGUUGUACGUUGUUUUGUUUGUAAUGUCACAUUUUUUUGGUUUGGUGUGAUUUUGGAAAUGUAAUGAUUGCAUCAUGAAGAUGUAUUAAUUGAUAGAAUUUGUAUCAACCAUACUUCCCCAACAUUAGGUUCUAUUAUGACAUAUUUGCAUAAUAGAUUAUAAUGAUUUUACUAUUAAUAGUUCUAAAUUAAUUCAAACUACAACAACAUUUAAAUGACUCGCUAUUUUGUGAACAAUAUUUGCAAUAAUUUUCCCUGAAAUCAUCUAUGUUGUUUAAAAAAAGUUUUAUUAUCAACCUGUGCUUGAUUGUUCACAUUUGUCGAUUAAUUUUGCAUUCCAUUUAUUCCAUUUUGUGACAUUCCCACAUUUUGGAUUUAGGGCUACUCUCUAUAUUGUAUACAAAGUAGAAACUAUCAAACUAUGUAAUGAAAACAAUAGGUAACUUAAGUACAAACAUAAGUUAUUUGAAGAAUCAUGCUUAAUAUUAUACUGUUUGAGUUGGGAGAGAAGAAAAGAGAUAGCUUUUGUUUGACAUCUUGUAAUCUCUUAACAUGAAAUUAGAUGAUUUAAAGAUGAAAGGGGAUUUAUACAUUUUCACCCCAAGUAGAAUUUAGCAACAAGUAUUUCAUUAAAAAUAAUGUUGCAGUGUAAUUGCCCAACAUUGCAGCGGAACAUUUGUUUUAUUGGUAAUGUGAUUCUUUUAUUUUUUCAUUCGAAAGAAUCAGAAAGAGGCAGAUUGCUGCUAUACAUUGGUCAUUUUUUACAUGACAAUCCUCACAAUAGAUAUUUGUAACUUUGUAGAAAAGGGAUAUAUAUUUCAUGAACUGACAUUUUUAUUUUUUUAAAUCCCAACAAAACAAAAACAAAAUCAUGAGACUAGCCAACUUGGAAAAAGUGGUUUCUGUACCAUUUGCCCCUAAAGGUGAUGUAAUUAUGCAUUCAAGAUGUCAAAUUGUUUAUUGACUAGUGAUAAUUUCCUGUACUUUUUUAGAAAGGUUAGAUUAUCAAGAAAUGUGAUAUAUAAAAAAUGAGGAGUCCACCUUUCAUUGUUUGUAGGAUGGGAUUGGAUCCAUAUUAGGAAUUAGGAAUAUAUGAAACAUAUUUGUACAUUUUCCCAGACCAAAGACAUUUGUAAGACACAUUUGUAAAACACUUGUCUUUUUUACUGUGAUUUCUUUCUGUGAUAUUUUUCUUAACAUAGUUACAUCGUGCAAUGGUGAAACGAUGUGUAUUUUGUCAUUUUGUAUACUCUAAAAUGUAAUUCAGUCAUUGAUCAUAUUGAUGCAUUAAAUAUAUUUAGUAUGCACAUUGAUUGCACACAUAUUUGACUGUGUGUGCUCUAAAGAGGUCCACGAUGAUAUUUCAUUCAGUAUACACAUCAGUAGUACAGUAUGUACAUUUGUAAGUGUAGUUUUUAAUGACAUUAUUAUACUACAGAAAAUAACUUUGUAUUUCUGUUUCCAUCCUGUUCUCCCUGGUGUAGGAUUUUUCAUAUAACAAUUUCAGGUUUUAAAGAAUUACAUUCCAGGGAAAUUUCACUCAAGGAUUUAGACUUUGAACAAGUUUGAUUUAUAUUAAUAAAGUAUACAGGGUUUGUCAAAAGAAUUAUGGGUAGACUGUAGAAAAACGAAAAGGGGAACAACUCAAAUGCUGAUAAAAUCUCAUCGUUUUCUAUGAUAUUGAAAGAAUCUCAGUAAAGGGAUUAAAAGCCAGAUACAUAGAAAAAAGGAAUAGAUCAAUGAAUUUACAAAUGAAAACAUUUCAGAACAUUCCCCUUUUACUCAUACUCUUAGCAUUAGAUGCUUCCACAAAAGCUGGAUUUCUUAAUUCACAAGAUUUCUAAAAUAAAUGUCUUUUUGUAAUGAUGUAAAACAGUAAACAUAUACAUGUACCUGUGGGAAGUAUAAAUGCAAUAUCCCUAGUCACCUAUGCCACUCCCAUACAGUGACUGCAUCCAUGUCAAUAUGUUUAACCCUCUCAUCCCCUCCCAAUACACUUAUUGACCAGGGCCCCGUCUUACAAAGAUUUACGAUUGAUCCGAUCAAUCUGAAGUGUAUGGAAAUCCAUCAACCUCAUAAUUUUUUCAUCAGGAAAUUUGCACAAUGUCCUUUGAAAACAAAGAGAAACACACUGAAUUUUCAACAAAGCUAUGAAUGUAUGAAGAGACACCAUAUCUAGAAAAUGUUUUGAACAAAUGUGAAUUUUUUAUGUUGACGUUGCUGGUUUUCCAUAGUUGUGGUUGAUUGGAUCAAUCGUAACUCUGUUAGAUGGGUCCCAGUUGUUAGAAACUCUCUGUUUAUGCAUACUAGUAUCUAUAGUUCUCUUUUCAGUUUGUAUUGUUUGUUUGUUUCUAUAUCCUCUUGCAAUCUAAGUACUAAAAAUACUUUUAUUAAUGAAGUAAUACAGACAAGUUUAUUUAAAUCUGUUCUCUUGAGACCACAGGAAUAUGUUCAGACUUGAAGCAUUUUCCUUGUAAAUAACACUUCUUUGCACAAUUUGGUCUGAAAAAUUACAUUUUCUCUUCGGCAUAUAAUUGACUUAGGGGGAGGGGGUUGCAAGACAAUAUUUGCAAUCAAUUGCAAAUAUUCUGUUCCAAUUUUACAAUUGAUAGAUCAAUUUUAACUCCCCAAUAGACAUGGUUGACUUUGAAUGCAGGCUCUACCGUUUAUGAUGUAAAGUACAGUUGGCACUCUAUUCAUGAUGUUUGUACAUUUGAAGAUGGUCAAACUUUGCAGCAGUUCUCAUGCUGUGAAGUUUAUUAAGAUUAUUCUGAUUGCUUUCGUGAUGUCAUUCUUGCACUAUAUUUUUAUUUUAACUGAUCAUGUAACCCAUGAAGACAGUACAUCAUUACGAUCAUAUAAAUUGUUAUUGUCAUCUAAUUUGUUUAUUUUAAUUAUUCUGAAAUGUUAAUGCUUUUGUAAUGGCAUUCCUGCUCUAUGUUUGGCUAUAAACUGAUCGUGAAACCGAUGCUAACAGUAUAUCUUUAUGGUCAUAUAAAUGUAGGUCAUUAUAUUCAUGA